AUGUUUCCAAAUUCAGAGCAGCCAACUACUGCUGUCUUCAAAGACACCUCUUAUUUCAUUGACGGGAAGAAGUGCCGCUUAUGUAUGGUGCCCAGUUUGGAUCUCAGUUUAGACAGAGGUUCGGUGCUUCCAGAUGUGAGUUAUCAGGUGGAAUCCGGUGAGGGAGAAGAACAGUCUCAGAAUAUGGAUCCUCAGGGACAAACUCUGCUGCUUUUUCUUUUUGUGGAUUUCCAUAGAGGAUUUCCAGUCCAGAAAAUGGAACUCUGGGGAGUCCACACUUUGCUCUCAACUCAUCUCAGUGCCAUCCUCAGGGAGAGCCACAGCGUGGUGCAAGAUUGCAUCCAGGCCGCUGUGGACCGGGCCUUGGAGCAGCAUCACCAGGCUGUCAAGGCUCAUCAGAAACUACAGGCCUCACUGUCAGUGGCUGUGAAUUCCAUCAUGAGUAUUAUGACUGGAAGCACAAACAGCAGCUUCCGGAACACCUGCCUCCAGACGCUUCAGGCAGCUGACACACAGGAAUUUGGGACCAAACUGCAUAAAUCAUUUCAUGAGGUCACCCAGCACCGAUUUCUUUACCACUGCUCACAUGAGGUGAAGCAGCAGUUGCUUCCAGAGAAAAAUGAGGCAGAGCAGAACACAGAGGAGACACAUGAGAACAGCAGCCUGGAGCUCCUUGCAGGGACCGGCGAGCAAACAGAAAACAAGAGGCUCAAGAGAGGCAGCCAAGCCGUGGAGGAGACGCGAGCCUUCCGCUCUGCUGGGGCCCUGAGCCCGACAGAGGCCGCCUCGCGCCGCGCGGAGCCCACCGCGGCACCGCUGACCUCUAGCAGAAGCAGGACGGACCCCGGGAGCGGCCUGGAGGACACGCUGUGGCUGCAGGAAAUUUCCAAUCUGUCCGAGUGGCUGAGUUCUGGGCCUGGGCCCUGA